GCAACGCCCCUUUUGUUAUGCAUUGUGAGUGUGUGCGUAGAAAUAUAACAAAAGAUGCAAACCGCAAGGACGGCGCUGUCCAUGGCCGCUAGAGUCUGUUCCAGGUCCAGGUUUAACUCUUGGACAAAGACUACCGCAGGUAUCGAUGUUAUGAGGAACCAUAACCUGAUGAAGAUGACUUUUGCGACAUCAGCUUCCUUACCCAGAGAGAUGGAGCGAAAUUGCCUCAAACCGGAGUUUCACUACCAGUCAGGUCGCAGCGAUGAAUGGAGUAAUAGUCAUAGAGGCGUGAUUUCGGCUGUUGGAGCGGGGGCCUUAUUUACAGCAGGCCUCUACGGAGCUCUGAAGACCGGUACCAAGCCAAGAGAACAAGAACAAACUGACGAGAGCUCUGACCAUGAUUUCCCUACUAACGGUCUGGUGCAGCUGCCGACCGUGGCCGAAGAGAUCCACACCGGGACUGUGACUCGUACACACCCCGAUUCGGCUGACAAGACCGACGAAGAGGGCAAAACAUUGGGUGCUUCGGAGAGAGAUGAUGAAACCGACAAAAACACGACUGCAAACCAACCUGCAGGUGAUCCUGAAACGCCCCUAGCUGCAGUACCUGCUGCGAGAAUGCCAGAGCACGAGACGACUACAGCCAAGAAACCCGGCGCAGCCAAAAACACAGAGAGAGACAAAAACAUACCGGACAACGCUGGGAAGGCCCAAGAACAUUACGUGAUGCUCAAACCCCCAAAGGAUUUCCGUAAAUGGUCCGACAAGAAGUCUGCACUGAGGUCUCCACAAUAUUUCCAAGCAGAUAUACUACUGAGAUUGGUACUGUUCGUCGGGCUUCUACUUGGUUGGGUAAGGCUCUUGCCCCCACGAUACGGAACAUACAGCCAGGCCAUUAAGUUGCGAGGAUGCCAGGAUAGAGCUGCGAGCGUCCGCAAACAAAAAUAUCGUCAGAGAGAUGGGCCCAGGUCUAGGGGAGAAGGUUGAGAACCACGAUUCAGUCUCCGAGGGAGGGAAAACUCUCAAUUCAUCGCACGUCACCGUGGCGGGAGCCGAUGCCUACUUUGAGGGAAAGUUGGAAAGGGGGUGGACUUUCCUGGCUAUAUAGAGAAGUCUGUAUGGACACAAACCGUUAUAUACUCUGCCAUGCUGUAAGAUGCGUUCGGAGACAGCUAGACGGUAACAGGAGGCCAGGGCAGGACAAGACCUGUCGACUGAAGAAGUGCUUCCCUAGCUCGCCAAAGGAUUCAGACAACAGGCGGUGACCACUGUAUCUGGUGCGCCACCAGAGUUCGAGGGCUGCAUGCAUAAACGGAUCCCUAAAUUAUCAUUGCGGGUACUAGAUAGAUUGGGUGAACAUUUCCAUGCUAAGCCUGUGCAUGUAGCCAUGGGCACAGCAGAUAGAGCCAGACUAGUCGGAAAGUUCAUGUCAGUGGCAACGAGCGGACGGACGACUGGUAAAAGUGUAGGCUGUUAGAGGUUAACGUUAUACAUUUGUGACAUUACUUUAUGUACUCGUGGUAUCUUUCACAUGUGAUAGUUCAUGUUUAGAAUCCAGAUAUCAAAGUUUGUCUCAUGUUAUACAGUAGGAUCAGUUAAUGUACAAAUGUAUGUCAUUGUCCAAACUAUAAAGCGUUAAGAGGGCUGUGUAUUGUACACAUUGGACUGAA